GCCUCGGAGGGGGAGAGAAAGUGACAGAGGAGGGGGGAGACUGACUGAGAGAGAGGUAAGUUGCACCUGCACAUGGUGGAAGUCUUUCUUCCUCCGUUCCGUUCAGUCCUAACGGGAUAAUUGAUAGGCAGCCUGUUUGCUCAGUGCGCGUGGACGCGGAGAGGAGCGCGAGGAGAAACUGGGAUGCGCUGCUGUGCUCCCAGCAGCAACUUUUGCAGCGGCUGCUUGAGCGUGGGAGAUGUUGUGAGAAGAAUAACCAGAAUAGUUUUCUGUUUGGCCGGCGAGACUUUCAUCAGCUUAAGUCUUGACUUUAAAAAGUUUAUUUUGAAAUCUCUUCUGUUUAUUAACUCUCGGUCAAAACAUAUUUAGCAGUUUUCUUCAGCAAAAUUGCAAUGGAUAUCCCGGCUGCAUCCUUAGAUGUGGACCGGAGCGCAGUGUGUGCCGGAUGUCACCGCCUGAUCAGAGACAGAUUCCUGCUCAGAGUCAAUGACGGACUCUGGCAUGAGGUGUGUGUGCGGUGCGCAGCGUGCGGAGACGCACUCAGGACCUCCUGCUUCUUGCGGGACCGCAAACUUUACUGCAAGCGGGACUAUGCUGAUUUAUUCGCAGUGCGUUGUAGGGGCUGUGCAGAAGCCAUCUCACCUGCGGAGCUGGUGAUGCGUGCAGGGGACGCUGUGUUCCACCUACGCUGCUUCACCUGCAGUGUUUGUUCCUGCCGCUUGCAGACUGGAGACCGUUGCGUCCUCAGGGAGGGACAGUUAUUAUGUGCUAGAGAGGACUACCACCAGUGUCUGACCAGUCCUGCAUCUUCUGACACAGGUAAGAGUGAUGAUGAUGAAGAGGAAGAGGAGAAUUCUGGGAGGGCAUCAGGCAGGCGUGGAAGAACAGAUGAUCUGGAGAUCAAACGUCCCAAGAGACCUCGCACAAUUCUGACCACUCAGCAAAGGCGCACAUUUAAAGCAUCCUUUGAGGUCUCAUCUAAACCAUGCCGAAAGGUAAGAGAGACCUUGGCAGCAGAGACUGGUCUGAGUGUCCGGGUUGUGCAGGUCUGGUUCCAGAACCAAAGAGCCAAGAUGAAGAAGUUGGCCAGGAGGCAGCAGCAGCAGCAGGAGCAGCACCAGACUCAGGAGCAGUGUGAACAUCCUUCACUUCACACAGCGCCCUCCCGUGGUAGUUUGACCUCUGAGAUGAAGCGCCUCGCACAGUCUCAUGUUCAUACUCAGCAGCAGCAGAUGGGACUUACCACACUGGAGCAGCAGGACUGGGACACAGACCCCUUCAGACAGGGGCUGACCCCACCUCAGAUGCCAGGGGACCACAUGCAUCCUUACGGUUUUAAAGGUGGGAACAUAUAUGGGAGCAUGGAUGGUGACCUUCUCUGUCAUGUAGCUGACAGCGACUGCCUCUCUCUUGGUGACUCCUCUCCACUCACUCCCAUUGACCGCCUCUACUCCAUGCAAGACUCAUACUUCACCUCCUGAGGAUGGAGAUCUGACUCAGUGAGAAGCUGUGCAUCUCUCUCACUCUGCAAAGCACUCUGGAUACAUCUUUCUUCUCCAAAGUGUAUGGGCAUUUAAUUAAGUGGAUGUAAACUAUGGGAAAUGGACAGGAGUAUACUGUGGUGCAAUAUACCAUAUUCACCUCCUAACAAAUAAUUGUUACAGUACUGCCUCUAUUGUGUUCUUGUCCCUCUGUACAGCACAAGCUCUUAAAAGGGUUUAAUUUGUGCAUGCCUACUGUUAAAUCUCUCUAGAUUAUGAGAAUUUAAUUGCAUCUACUCAUGUAAAUAGCUCUUUGGGUGUGUAUUUGUAUUUAUUCUCAAUGCGUGUAUGAUUCUUUUUUUCUUUUUUUCUUUUUUGA